UUUGUUUCUGAGGGUGAGAAGUGUCCUUUUAUCAGUAAAACUAAAUAUAAUGGUGAUAGCAAGUAAAUGCAGGUGUGAUGCACAGCGAAAUUGGCGAAGCGUAUCAUAGAGCUCCAUGUGGCAGUACUUCUUAUCAAAAUCAUCGAUAAGAACUGAGUAUUUUUCUCUGCUCCACGUCAAUCAGUUUUUUGAAUACCCUCAUCCCAGACAAUAAUGUUCUUCAAGACAAUAUUUGCCUUACUCUUCUACCUCAUUUACACUACUGACCUUUUGCACGGGAAGAGGAUUCUUGCUGUCUUUCCGGUUCCCAAGAAAUCACAUUUCUUCAUUGGGGAAGCACUGGUCCGGGAACUGGAGAGUCGAGGUCAUCAGAUCACUUUUCUUACCUCAUUUCGAGUGCGAGAGAAAAAGGAAAAGAUUCAGGAAAUCUUCUUAAACGGCACAGAAAAAUUUGUCCGGACUGAUGAAUAUCUGCAAGAUCUUCAUCAAUCUCAUUCUGUACUAGAGGCCAUCACUCAGUCCAUCUAUGCCUCAGCUGAAUUGGUCAAUUUCACUCUUAGUCAUCCAGAAGUUCAGAAACUCCUCCGAUCAGAUGCAACCUUCGAUCUUCUCCUCGUGGACUCCUUCAUGAUGGAUGCCCUUUUGGGAUUUGCUCAUCACUACAAAGUGCCUUCGGUGGUAGUUUGCACAACAUCCACAACAAAAUGGACAGACGAAAUGGUGAGAAAUCCCUACAAUCCUGCCUACAAUCCCAAUCCGUUUCUGGGAUCCUCAAAUCGCAUGACACUAGCCGAGAGGAUUGUCAAUACCCUGCUAUCUCUCUUUGUGGAGAUUAGUUACCAGUACUUGUACUUACCGGGACAGGAAGCCCUCUAUCAGCGAUUCUUCUCUCCCCUUCAGCCCAAAGGUGAAAAGUUGCCUAGUCUCGAACAAUUGAUUCACAAUGUGAGUUCUGUCUUUGUUAACUCCCAUCCUGGCUUUCACUAUCCACGUGCACUGAUGCCCAAUGUCGUGGAGAUUGGUGGCAUUCACAUACGAACACCCAAAGAGUUGCCCAUAGACGUUCUGAACCUCUAUGAAAAGGCCAAGGAUGGCGUAGUAAUAUUCAGUAUGGGUACAGAUAUCCGGAGCGCGGAUAUGAGCAAAGACAAGAUCGAUGCUUUCAAUCGUGUAUUCAAGGGAAUGCCAGAAGUUGGUGUAUUCUGGAAAUGGGAUAUUCCUAAGAUGGACGAGCAGCCGUACAAUGUUAUCAUAGGGGCAUGGAUGCCACAGUAUGACCUUCUAAUGCAACAACAUAACGCCAAACUUCUCAUCACUCAUGGAGGGCUCCUUAGUAUUUACGAAGCUAUCUACUCUGGGGUCCCUGUCCUGGGCAUCCCUAUGCACGGGGAUCAGCAUUUCAAUCUGCGAAUGGCUGUGGAAGGUGGAUUUGGGCGAAUUUUAAACUACGAUGACCUCUCUGAGAAUACAAUCCAAGAAGCCGUGGAGGAUAUGCUGAAAAAUGAUACUUACCGUUUUAAUGUCGAAAAAGUCCGGAAGCUAGUCAGAGACAUUCACCCGCCACCCCAUGAGAAGGCCAUGCAGUACAUUGAGAUGGUGUUGAAAACCCGUGGAGCUACACAUUUACGCUCUUCAGCUCUUGAUUUGGCCAUUUGGCAACUCUACUUAGUCGAUGUGACCUUGAUUAUUGUCGCCGGUUGUCUUCUCAUCCUUGCCAUUCCUGCAGCAAUUAUCGGAAUUGUUUUGCGUCGCAGCUACAACAGCAGUAAUGCAAUUAGAAAGGAUAAGCAGAGGAAGAGAUCAAGUAAAGACAACGGCAAAAAGGAAAAAUAGUAGUUCAGAAAAUGGUGAUGGCAAAGGAUAUUUUUUUACACAGGGGAUUUUUUUUUGUGCCAUAUACAUAUGAAUUUGUUAUUCCAUACCUGUGCUGGUCCACUUUUUAUACACAACAAGGUUUAAAGUUUAAUAAAAUCACAAAAGUUGCAA